CAUUCUACGCAAGUGAGCCUCGUAGCUGCUUGUGUCGCCCUCCUGCUGCCCCCUCCCACAGCACCCCUUGUGCUUCUCCCCAGUUUCGCCGCUUCCAUCCUUGCCCCUUGCCUGCAUCGCUACCCCACAUCCUUGCCUCUUAGCCUCUUCUGUUGACCUCCUGCUGCCCCCUCCCCUCCCCCAGUUUCAGCGGCGCACCUACCAGCGGCAGGCAUGGCGCAAGGGCCAGCAGCGGCAGCGGGUGGCAGUGGGUUGGUGCCGGGGUCAGCAGCAGCAGGCGCCAUGGGCAUGGGCAUGGUCGCGCACCCGCCCACCAUGCCUGCCAUGCGCACUGAUGCAUCGACGCCCCCCCCCCCUCUCUCCAUGAUGAUGCCCCCUCAAGCAGCCGCCGCCGCUGCCAUGAUGGCAGCUGCACCCUCAGCGCUCUACCCCAUGCCUCCAUCCACCCUCGCGUCAGCGUCCAUGCCAGGCUCGGGCAUGCCAGGCUCGGGCAUGCCAGGCUCUGGAAUGCCAGGGUCAGGCAUGGGUUCAUCGCUGCAGUACCGGGCGAUGGGGCACAUGGAGAGCAUGGGCGGUGCAGGGGGCGCAGGGGCAGGGGGAGCAGCGGAGCUACGGCCCAACUCACACGACAUGGCGGCAGCUGCUGCAGCCGCACACAUGGGAGGCAUGGGGGGAGCAGUGGCAGGAGGCAUGGGCAUGGCAGGCAUGGGCGGAGGGGCCAUUGGGGCUCAGUUCAUGCAGGCCCCAUCGCAUAUACAAGUGGGCAUGGGGGGCAUGGGUGCAGGCAUGGCGAAUGGGCAGCUGGCCAUGGGGCACGCGGGGGAGUACGCUGAAGGCGGGCAGGUGGCUGGCAUGGGGGGGAUGGAGGGGCUGGAUGGGGGAUAGGCGCAUGUACAGUGAUCACCUCAAUGGACUGAGGAUGCCACACGGACACAGCGCUGGUGUCCACCAGGCUGCAAGGCAGGUGGACAGGUGGGGGGUGGUGGUGGGUGGUGGUGGCAGGUCAUGCUGUCGGGAAGUGAAAAUGGGUUUUUCACGAAUGAUCAUGCACAGGACAAUUGUUAUGAUGGAUGUCAUUGAAAUUUUGUAACAAUCACUAUACAAGGCAUGUUCCAAGCAUGCCAC